AUGGAUGAUCUCAUCGCACUCUAUGUGAAAACCCAAGAAGAUCUGGCUUUUGAGUAUGAAUUACAGUCGAACGGUGACGAUAUAGUGGUUUGGAAACGCUAUCUCGAACACCGGAAAGCAGAGGAAAACCCGGCUGCUCUGGCCUGGGUUUACGAACGAUGCUGCUACCACUUUUCUGCAAAUGCGGACAUAUGGAUGGAAUAUCUACAAUGGCGCGUGGCAUUGCUGGUUGAAGCCAAUGCUGUAAUUUUCGCAGACGAGUUCGACAAGUGUAAUCAGCUCUUCGAGAAAGCCAUGUAUUUGUGUUACCAAGAUGUCAGGAUAUGGGAGUUGUAUUUGAGACAUCUCAUCAAACAGCAGAAUUUGGGCUUGAUACGAACCGUUUUGAACCGAGCGCUCCAAUCGGUGUCUCUUGAAAACCACAUCCGAUUAUGGACUCCUGUGGUGGAAUUCAUCGAGAAAUUGCUUCAAGAUCGACCAGAACACGAUUUUGAGCCCGGUCUAGACUCCAUAGUAGACCAAGCACUAGAGAGAUCUUCACCCGACACUCACGCUGUACCGAAAGACAUGUGGUCAUCCCAUUUACUAGCACGAUACAUUGAGGUUGCAGAAGAGCAAGAGCAUUUGCUGCACUUGAUUGGCCUCACGGGUGACUACCAUGCAUUUUCCAAAGUUUUUGAAGAGAAAUUCAUUUCCAGAAACGAUUUUAGACCGACCGAACGCCCGUUGUUUCGCUUCUACGAACUUUACUUGUAUUCCCUAGAAAGUACAAGUGGACAUCAUCAAUACCACCAAACUAUGGCUCGCUGUCUGGAGAUGUUCCCUGACCAAAGAGCUACGCUGGUGACCACCUUGAGCAUGUACUACAUGAGAAGAGGUGAAUUUGCAGAGGCGAGAAACGUUUUACAAGACUCAUUAUCCUCUACCACUAGCAUGAAAGCGUUUUCUCACAUCUAUGACUUUUUGGUGAAAUACUUGGAAACUUACGUUUCUAGCUGCAUGAAUUUGGUGCAGCAAAGUGGUGGUUCAGAGCAACAGUCUCAACUCGAUCGUGAGAUUUCUUACAACAUAGAGGUCUUGGAGCAUUUGAUGGACUCUCAUACUCUAUUGGUGAACGAUUUAAGAUUGAGACAAAAUGUAAAUGACGUCAAGGUCUGGGCGGACCGAGUCUUACUGUAUUCUGACUUGAGAGAGAAGCUGCGAGUUUAUACUGAUGCUUUGGUCAAGAUCGAUCCUGCAAAGGUCAUGGAGCCCGGUAUUCUUGGGAAACUGUGGUGCGACAUGUGUGAUCUUUACAUCAGUAAGAAGCAAUUCGAUUCUGCAAGAGAGUCUUUUGAUAGAUCAACCAGGGUUCCGUAUCGUUUCCUACAAGACCUUGAGAAAGUGUGGUAUAAAUGGGCCGAGAUGGAGGUAGAAUGCAGUCGUCUACCGGAAGCACUCAAAAUCUUAAGAAAAGCAUUGACGCUUCCUGAGUCACCCGAUCUUUUGAUUGAAAAGUACGACUCAGGAAAGGGCAAAAUUCCAGUUCAAGCUGUGCUUUUCACUUCUAUCGAGCUCUGGUCCUUUUACAUUGAUCUGCUCGAAGUCUCCUCAAAAACCGAUGAGCUCGUUCAAGCAUAUGAAAGCAUCAUCUCUCUCAAGCUAGCUACACCGGCACAUUUCAUGAACUACGCACAUUUCUGGCAGGAUCGGGAUGGGUGGAGUGAGAGUUUCAAGAUAUACGAGCGCAGUCUUGCUGUCUUCCCUGCCGCGGUUUGUUUGGACAUAUGGCGGAUAUAUUUGCAAGUGUCCUUGGACCGCUCAAGGCCUGUGGAAACAAUACGUGAUUUAUUCGAGCAGGCUGUGCUGCUGGCGGGUGAUGGCAUAGACUGUUCGGAUCUGUUUAUCCAGUACGGUAAUUUCGAACAAAACCAGGGCAUGCAAAAACGAUGCGUCGACAUUCUUGUACGUGGGAGUAUUCAGAUCCGUGAUAUCACAUCUAAGCUGCGAUUGUGGGGUCUUUGUCUAGAGAAGUGCAAAAGUCUUUUGGGGCUGAAGGCUUCGCGAGAGCUAUACACGAAAUGCAUCCAAAGUCUGCCCAACUCAAAAGUCGUGCCUUUCGUGCUGGACUUCGCUGCAGUGGAAGAAACGCUUGGCGAUAUCACGAGGGCCCGUGCUGUGCUUCGAUUUGGCGCGCAGCUAGCUCAUCCGGACUCCAAUGCGAAAUUGUGGGUUCACUGGAACGAACUGGAGCUCAGACAUGGAGACAAGGUUUCUUACAAGGAGAUGCUAAGAACGAAAAGAGAACUUUCCGAUUCUUUGAAGGUUUCAACAGAAGACGUCUCAAGACAAGACGGGAAUGUCGAAUUCGUGGUCUUCAAAGCCGGGUCCAAUCGCGAGCAAGAACAUUCUGCUGUCAAUAUUGCUGAAAUCUCACUAGAUAUAUAG